AGCCUUUACAAGUCUUACCUUCUCUCCGACUCUCAGCACUCCAGCAUUGCUGUGCAAUCAGAUGUUCUCUCGCUGAGGCCAGUUAUUACCGUUUUUUGCAUCUUGGCCACAGUGUUCGCUCGCCCGGCGAGAAAAGUGCAUCGCUUGGCUCGCUGGAGGUGGGUUGCGGCUGUUUGGUUUUCUUUAUUUUGGUGAGAAAUGACAGCAUCGGUUUUGGGGGGACAGUACAACGCAGAUGUCCGCGGGUGCGGGAAGGCAUCACUGGCUGUACCACACCUGUGAUUCGUUGUUGUGAGCAACCAGGACGCGCCAGGAUGAAGACAUGUGCUGAGGAACACACUUUGACGUCGUCUUAAAAGUGCUUCUGUCAACACACUCCGGAACUUAAAAGCUUGCCGUUUCUUCAUCGCUCCUUGUCUUGUGAAACUUGAUUUAAAAAAAAAAAAAAAAGACGAAUAUGCCCUUACUUCUGGGUCCCUUUGUCCGCUGUCGACUCGGCGAGACGCUUCUUGUGCUCUGGCUCAGCUUCGCAGGUGUCACCUGCACCGGUUCCGAGCAUGCCGCUACUGCGACUCUCCCUGCCGCCUUCUCUGACCUGUUACCUCACUUCCUGGUGGAACCGGGGGAUGAGUACAUCGUGAAAAACAAGCCAGUGACCCUCACCUGCCGCUCCACGCCGGCGACGCAGAUCUACUUCAAGUGCAACGGCGAGUGGGUUCACCAGGAUGACCACUUGAUUGAGCGGACUGUGGACCCGGCUACAGCUUUGCCAGUCAUGCAGGUGACAAUAGAAAUCACCAGACAGCAGGUGGAGAAGAUCUUCGGCCUCGAUGAGUACUGGUGUCAAUGUGUCGCAUGGAGCACUACCGGAACCCAGAAAAGCCAAAAAGCGUACAUCAGGAUUGCUUACCUGAGAAAGAACUUUGAGGAGGAGCCUCAGGCUAAAGAAGUGGCAUUGGACCAGGAGGUGCUAUUGCGCUGCCAUCCCCCCGAGGGAGUGCCACCAGCGGAGGUGGAGUGGCAGAGGAACGAGGACGUCAUCGACCCGCAGAGCGACCCCAAUUUUUUCAUCACCGCUGACCAUAAUCUUGUCAUCAAGAAGGCCCGGCUGGCCGACACAGGCAACUACACGUGUGUGGCCAAGAACAUUGUCGCACGCCGCAAAAGCAAUUCUGCCACGGUCCUCAUUUAUGUCAACGGCGGCUGGUCCACGUGGACCACCUGGUCGUCCUGCAGUGCCGUGUGUGGGCGAGGCUGGCAGAAGAGGAGUCGGAGCUGCACCAACCCCACGCCACUGAACGGAGGCACAUCCUGUGAGGGGCAGAACGUCCAGAAAAGUGCCUGUGUGGCCACCUGUCCAGUGGAUGGAGGUUGGAGCGAAUGGAGCAAGUGGUCGCCGUGCGGCGCCGACUGUUCCAUGUGGAGGAGCAGGGAGUGCACCCAGCCGUCACCUGGCACCGGGGGCAAGGACUGCCAGGGCCUCGACCUUCAGUCUCUUAAUUGCACCAGUGAGCAGUGCCCACAAACCGUGAGCGGAGCAGAGGACGUUGCGCUCUACGUGGGCAUGGUUGCGGUGGCUCUGUGUUUGACCUUACUGCUCAUCACCGUGGUCCUGGUCUACCGGCGCAAGAAGGCAGGCCUGGAUGCCGACGUGGCAGACUCCUCCAUUCUCACGACUGGCUUCCAGCCCAUGGGCAUCAAGCCCAGCAAGCCAGGUGUGUGGGCACCGCGGCCACGCAGGCCCCUCACCCACAGCAAGAAUUCUCAUUUGCUUACCAUCCAGCCCGAUCUAACUACCACCACCACCAGUUAUCAAGGCACCCUGCGCUCCCGUCACGACACCACUGGCAAGUUUUCAAUGACCAACGGGCCUCUGCUGGACCCACUUCCCAAGGGCUCGCAUACUCUGCACAACGGAAAGCUCAACUCGGACCCCUCAGAGUUCGUCAGCCGGUUGUCUGCUCAGAGCUACUUUAAAACGCUGCCCCGUGAUGUGGCCAACACUUCCUACGGCACCUUUAACUUCCUUGGGGGAAGGCUGACAAUUCCCAACACUGGGAUCAGUCUGCUCAUUCCUCCAGAAGCCAUCCCCAGAGGCAAGAUCUAUGAGAUUUACCUCACCGUUCAGAAAAAGGAGGAUUUAAGGUUACCCCUGGCCGGCUGCCAGACCCUGCUCAGCCCUGUUGUGAGUUGUGGGCCUCCGGGGGUGGUUCUGAGUCGGCCCGUUAUCCUGAGCAUGGACCACUGCUCUGACGCAUGCCUUGAUAACUGGGCCGUCCGCCUGAAGAAGCAGAACUAUGAGGGUGCUUGGGAGGAUGUCCUGCUGAUGGGGGAGGAACUGGCGUCAGAUCCCUAUUACUGUCAGCUCGAGGCCGAGACGUGCCAGCUGUUUUCCGAGCAGCUGGGCAUCUUCGCCCUGGUGGGAGAGUCGCUGCACAUGGGUGCCGCCAAGCGCCUGAGGCUGGUGCUCUUCUCCGACGCCUAUUGCUCCACGCUGGAGUACAACAUCAGGGUCUACUGCAUGGACGACACGCAGGACGUCUUCAAGGAGGUGAUGCAGAUGGAGCGGCAGCUUGGGGGUCGGCUGAUUGACGAGCCUCACGUCCUGCUUUUCAAAGACAGCUACCACAACCUGCGCCUGUCCAUCCACGACAUGCCCCAGGCCCACUGGAGGAGCAAGCUGCUUGCUGGCUACCAGGAGAUCCCGUUUUACCACAUCUGGAACGGUUCCCAGCGGUACUUGCACUGCACGUUCACUCUGGAGCGCCUCAGCCUCACCACCUGUGAGCUCACCUGCCAGCUGUGUGUGUGGCAGGUGGAGGGCGAAGGACAGAGCUUCAGCCUUGACUUUAACAUCACCAAGGACACCCGAGCCGUGGACUCAGAGUUCCUGUUAAUGGACAGUAACGCCACUGCUCUAGCAGGGCCCAGCGCCUUUCAGAUCCCGUACCUCAUAAGGCAGAAGAUCUGCAGCAGCCUGGACGCCCCGUGUCCCAACGGAGCUGACUGGAGAAUGCUAGCACAAAGACUCAAGCUGGAGAGACAUAUGAGUUUCUUUGCGUCGAAAGCCAGCCCGACCUCGGCCAUCCUGGACCUGUGGGAGGCGCUACAUUUCCACAGCGGCAACAUCAACCAGCUGGCUGCCGUCAUGGCCGACAUCGGCAAACAGGAAGCCAUGAUCUUCCUGGUGUCAGAUGGCGAGUGCUAACGGGCCAAGAGGGGAGUCGAGAGAAGACGGAAUGGACCGUGUGAGCUGUCUCAGAUUGCAAAGGUUUCAUUCACGUCGACUGAGGAACAUUUCAAAAUGACACAAUCAUAUUCCUGCAAGUCAAUUCUGUUCACUGGCCUGAUUUCCACAUCUGUGACGUCAUGCCUUAUGUAGCACUUACGAAAAGGAGCAUCAUCUCAUCCGAAAUUCGAACAGCCAGUCGUUGAAUUCAACUGAAAAAUGACAUCAUCCGUUUCAAACAGGAGGCAACAGGCACCCCCCCGCCCCUCGCUCCCUCCUCACUGUCUAAAUGUUACGUCUCUCACUGUUUGCUUUCGAACCUUCUCCCUUGCUGAAUGUAACAUCACAGUUCCUAAAUCCAUACCUUUGUUCUUUUGAGGGAGGACUCGCUCGUGUCUUCACACGUGUUCACUUUUGCAGCAAGCAAGCCACACGUGCAGCGUUCCACAUGCAGGGCCUGGAACACGACAGGCGCCGCAUGUCCUCUAAUUGCAUUCCUCCUGCAGCACAUACAUUAUUGUAGCACACACGCUUACUGCGCAUUCACACAGCACACCUUCCACUGCAUGAAGACGUUAGAUAGCCCAUAAAGAGAGGAUCCACACGUUCAAUCCCCAGUUCAGCCAUAGUUUGUUGUGUCUCCUCCUCCUCAGGGUAGCAUGUGACGUCUCUAAAGUUAGAAAGAGGGCCCUUCUCAUUAAAGACACACUCACUCAAACAGCUGGCCAACGCUCCAGAAAUCCCCCCCCUCCCCUAAUCGGACACACCGGAGCUUGUUUAAUGAUUGUCCCGAUUUUUGGAAUGUACUUUUAUGUUCCCCUGUGCUUUGGGAAGAGGAUGAUUAGUUUUUAAUGCGGCAUCUUAACUCUCUUUGAUAACCAACGAAUAUUAGGGCCACGCUCAAAAGUCAAGAGUUUAGUUGCAUUAUCGGGGGGGGGGGGGGGUUUGGCCUGAUAAAAUAGCAUUUUCCCCCCCUUUUGAUUUUAUAAAUGUAGUGUUGUGCAGUUUUAAUGCUGCCUCAUUUUGCUUUUUUUUUUUCAAAAUGCAUGUUUUUUUUAAAUAUUACAUGAUUUAAAUCAUCACCUGUUUUGCAUGACUAUUUUUGUAAAAUUACACAAUUUUCUCCUAAAAUGAAGACUUUUUUUCUUCAUAAAAAUUUGUUUGCAACUUUAUUCUCAUUAAAAAUGUAUUAUAUUAUAAUUCUCAUAGAAAUACGAUUUUUUUUGUGCAAAACUACAGGCUUACUUUAAUAUUACUUUAUUCUCAUAAAUUAUUCUGCUAAUUUGACUUAUUUUUUUUAAUAGCUAUUCUUGUCAAAUUCACUUUUUUCUUUUAUUUUUUAUGAUUUUAUUGUAAAAAAAAAAAACUCGUAUUUUUUCUUGCUCGAAUUUGCCUUAUUUUUCUAUUCUCCUAAAAUUAAGACUUUUUUCCAUAAAAAUGUGUUGCAACUUUAUUCUCAUUAACAAUAUAUUGUAUUAUAAUUCUCAUAAAAAUACAACUUUUUUUUUUGCAAAACUACAGGCUUACUUCAAUAUAACUUUAUUUUUUUAUAAUAGCUAUUCUUGUCACAUUCACUUUUUCCUUUUAUUUGUAUGAUUCUAUUCUAAAAAAAAACUCUUUCUUGCAAAAUUAUGAGUGUGCUUUAAAUUAUUAUUCUAAUUUGACUUAUUUUUCUAUAACAGUUUUCUUGUAAAAUUCACCUUUUUCUUCAGUUUUUAUGAUUUUAUUCUCAUAUUUUUUUUCUUGUAAAAUUAUGACAAUGCUCAAAGUGACGUACUGUAUUUUCGGGGUUUUUUUUGUUUGAUUUUGAAAUAUUUCAACUUCAUUCUCAUAAUUCUUUAUGCUAGUUAUGUCUUCUGAGCGUGGCCCUGAUACUUGUAUACAGUACAUACUGUACAUGCAGUACAUAGACUCAUCUCUGAGGGGUUUUCCCAACAUUGGAAGCAGAGACGCCAUUAUACCAAAAUAUCACUUUUUAAUUUCAACCCUUUCUCUCACCAAAUAAAUGUUGCAGAGGAUCACACACGCUCUCACAUGUAAUAUAAAAGGUUUUGUAUCGCAGCCAUGUGCUGCCACUUUGCAUACAAUUUAACGCGUGCGUGCGUGUGCGUGUGUGUGAGCCAGAUUGGUAACCAAAGUUUGAUUCCCCUUUUAUGUGCGGCAUCGACAUCUUUGUGUUGCAGACUUGUACCGUUUGUUCAAGCCGUAAUGUCGUCCGUGUGUAUGUUUGAUCACUUUGUAAAGAAAUGUAAAUUAUAUUUUAAUAUGAAGCCAAAUAUUAAGGAGAAGUUAAAAAAAAAAAAAGGACAUUUAAGUUGCGCCGCAUUUGUCAAGUCUAAACCGUGACGUGUUUGCCUAUUUAACUGUUGUUUGGCGAUUAGCAGUGAAGACUUUCUGCAGUGUUAAGGCCAAAUUAGGAAGGUUGUUUUUAUUGUUUGUCAUCACACAGCACGCACGUCCAGUACGUUUCCAUACGAGUCGCUCACUGCGCUGGGACUGUGAGGAACACUUGUUGCCAUUGUUACAGGAGCCAUGGCACUUGUACAGUGUGUGUGUGUGUGUGUGUGUGUGUGUGUGUGUGUUUAGGAUGUGUUGUGUAAACACAUCUUGGUAAUGUAAGUCACCAGCUGCCCGGAUCUUCUUCUCAUCCCGCGUGUGCACCAUUUGCUUACAUCACAACUGUACAUUUUGUAUCGCUCACUAUUCCAAGUCAAGGUGUGUGCUGAGUCAAAGACAAGCGCGUGUGUGUGUGUGUGUGUGUGUGCAUACAUGACCUGUAGCUCUUGUUUUCUCCAAAUAUGACGCGUGUACUUGUGAAUUGUUUUCUCUUCUUGAGUCAAUGUUCCUUGCCUUUCUGCAAGUCAAAAAUGCUGUACUUAUUACAUGCCACUGCGCUUAUGCAAUUGUAUAAUCCCUCUUUUUGUUUCUUUUUAUUAUUUUUAUUUUAUUUUUUUUACCUUUUGUGUUCCUUAUUGUCGAUGUAAAUUGUUGUCAAGACUUUUGUGCAAAGGAAAACAGUUGAGCGAAAGGCGAUUUUCCGUACUUUUUUGGACAAUAAUGGAUUUGUGGGUAGAAUUUUGGAAAUUCGUUUCUAAGUGCUUUCAAGUAUUUACUUGGCCUUAUGUAAUAUAUAUAUCGAUCUAUGACAUUUCAGAAAGGUAUGUAUAGUAAUUGAACCUGAAAUCUCUGUAAAUAAAUUAUAUAUUGUUAAUUCCAGGACUAGGGGUUUUACUUGCAGCAACCGUUGCCAUCCGUAGAUGCACGGGUGCACAGUACGCAUAAUUACUCAUAAGGUUGAUGAUGGUAGUGCCUUAAUAGUAAGUCAUAAUGGAAUACCACAGGCUUCAUUAUAAUACACACCUUCAAUUCAAUGGAGCACUUUGUCACAUGUCUUUUGUCCCUUAUCAGCUAUCAUACUUCCUGGUUCAGGCACAUACAUAUUUUCCCCCUGACACGUAAUUAUACGACUUUAUUCUUCAAAGCUGAUUUUUUUUCAAUGUGCCCCUAAUACUAUACUAUACAGUCUGUGGUAAUGUUUUUACUGUAGAUGUUCUGUAAUGUAUCCCUGCGGGCUGCUAGCUGUUAGCAUGCUAAUAUUAGCACUUACCGUAGUUUUAGUCAGCAUACUGCCCAGGUUAAAAUAGUUUCAUGGGUAAAGCCACAAAGUCGGCUGCUUAGGGCCCCGC